GAGUGGACUUACAGAAGACAGCGUUGCUGUGAGUGAGGGUGUAUCAGACCUCCAGGAGGUGGUCUCCCUGAAGGAGCGGAUGGCAAGGUACCAGGCAGCUGUUUCCAGGGGUGACUGCCGCAGCUUCUCUGCUAACGUGAUGGAGGAAUCAGAAACAUGCACAGUGCCUGGUGGUUUGGCAAAGGUGAAGGAACAAUUUGAGAAGGAUAGGAUUACUUCCCAUAAUACCUUUGCCCAGUGCCAGUAUCAGCAGCAGAACAGAUCUGAGCAGGAGAUAAUCCAUAGUAGCCAGGUGGACAUUUCAAGGAGCAGUGAGGAAAUGGCAAGAAGUGAACAAGAAGUUUCUAAAGCACAAGAAAUAGAUGUACUUGGAACAGAAAUGGUCUCUCAUGUGGAAAAGCACACCAAGGAAAUAAACCAAGCUUCUCAGUUCCAUCAGUAUGUUCAAGAAACAGUCAUUGAUACACCUGAGGAUGGAGAGAUUCCAAAGGUUUCAACUAAGUAUUUAAAAGAGCAAUUUGAAAAGCCUGCCCAGGAAAAGAUCCUUUUCUCUGACAAUGAAAUGACAACUCCAGCUAAGCAGAUUAAGAUUGAAGGUGGACAUGAAGAGACUUUAAGAUCAUCAUCAGUUGUGGGUACAUCUUCCACUUCUUACACUUCAACCAGCCAGAGAAAGGAAACAUCAGCCACAAGAUAUAGUGAUCACAGGGUCACUUCCUCAACUCUGGCACAAGUAAAUGCCACUCUUUCAGGAAAAAUGGAAGAAUUUCCUCCUCCACCACCUGAUAUACUUCAGACUCCAAUAGAUGUGACAGCAUUUUCCCAGUCCCCUGAACUCCCCAGCCCUCCUAGAGGACUACCAGUCCCCAAAGAUGUAUAUUCUAAGCAAAGAAAUUUAUAUGAAUUAAAUCGUUUAUAUAAACACAUCCAUCCUGAGUUAAGAAAAAACUUAGAAAAAGAUUACAUAAGUGAGGUUUCUGAGAUUGUUUCUAGUCAGAUGAACUCAGGGAGCUUAGUUUCAGCAGAUGUGCAGCAAGCUCGUUAUGUUUUUGAAAAUUCAAAUGACAAUUCUCACAAAGACCUGACUUCAGAAAGAGAACACUUAGAAUGGGAUGAAAUUCUGAAGGGAGAGGUGCAGUCCAUUAGAUGGAUCUUUGAGAAUCAGCCACUAGAUGCUAUCAACAAUGGCUCUCCUGAAGUAGGGGACAUUUCCAGGGGCAUUGCUGAUCAAGAAAUAAUUGUUGGUGGUGAUGUGAAAUAUACCACAUGGAUGUUUGAAACCCAGCCCAUAGAUACACUUGGAGUUCAUUCUUCUAGCACUGAAGAAAAUGCUGACAAAAUUCCUGAACUAGCCAGAGGAGAUGUCAGUACAGCCCGGUGGAUGUUCGAAACAAGGCCAUUAGAUUCAAUGAAUAAAAUGUAUGAAAGUCAAGAAGAAUCAGCUGUAACUUUUGUUAAGGACAUAACUGGAGGGGAUGUCAAAACUGUGAGAUACAUGUUUGAAACUCAACAUCUGGAUCAACUUGGACCACUUCAUUCAGUGGAUGAGGUUCAGUUACUGCAACUCAGAUCUGAGCUCAAAGAAAUUAAGGGAAAUGUUAAGCGAAGUAUAAAACGUUUUGAAACUCAACCAUUAUAUGUUAUUAGAGAUGGUUUGGGUCAAAUACUAGAAAUUAAAACUGUCCAGAGAGAAGAUAUUGAAAAAGGGGAUGUCAAGACUGCACGCUGGAUGUUUGAAACACAGCCCUUAGACACAAUUAACAAGGAUAUCACAGAAAUUAAAAUUGUUCGUGGCAUAUCCAUGGAAGAAAAUGUCAAAGGUGGAGUGAGUAGGGCAAAAUGGUUAUUUGAAACUCAACCUUUGGAGAAGAUCAAAGACGAGUUAGAAGAGGUUAUUAUUGAAAAGGAAACAAUAAUAGGUACAGAUGUCUCCAGAAAGUGUUGGAUGUUUGAAACACAGCCAUUAGAUAUUCUUAAAGAAGAUUCUGAUACAGAUACUCUACCACCUAAAGAGAUACUAGGGGGUGAUGUACAAACUACUAAGCAUCUAUUUGAAACACUUCCAAUAGAAGCUUUAAAAGACAGUCCCGAUGUAGGGAAGCUUCAAAAAAUCACUGCCUCUGAAGAAGAAAAGGGGGAUGUGCGACACCAAAAAUGGAUUUUUGAAACCCAACCUUUGGAAAAUAUUAGAGAUGAUAAAAAGGAGUACACACGAACAGUGAAGCUUGAAGAAAUUGACAAAGGAGAUGUAAGAAAUUACACACAUAUCUUUGAAUCAAACAAUUUAAUUAAAUUUGAUACAUCACAUAAAAUUGAAGUGGAAGGAGUCACAAGAGGUGCCGUAGAAUUAAAUAAAUCUCUCUUUGAGACAACACCACUGUAUGCCAUUCAAGAUCACCUUGGGAAGUAUCAUCAAGUAAAGACAGUUCAGCAAGAAGAAAUCCUAAGAGGUGAUGUAAGAAGUUGUAGGUGGCUUUUUGAAACAAGACCCAUUGACCAGUUUGAUGAAAGCAUUCAUAAAUUUCAGAUAAUUAGAGGGAUAUCUGCACAAGAAAUACAGACUGGAAAUGUGAAAUCUGCUAAAUGGUUGUUUGAAACGCAACCACUUGAUUCAAUUAAAUAUUUUAGUAAUGUGGAAGACAUAGAAAGUAAAACUGAACAAGCUACAGAUAUUGUUAAAGGGGAUGUCAAAACCUGUAAAUGGCUUUUUGAAACUCAACCAAUGGAGUCUCUUUAUGAGAAAGUUUCUUUAAAGACUGACUGUGAAGAAAUUCAUAAGGGAGAUGUCAAAACCUGCACUUGGCUCUUUGAAACUCAAUCACUUGAUACCAUAAAAGAUGACUCUGAAACAACAGUCAAAUCACAAACUGUAAAACAGGAGGAGAUCCAAGGUGGAGAUGUUCGUACAGCAUGUUUUCUUUUUGAGACUGAAAAUUUGGACAACAUACAAGCAGAAGGGAAGGAAAUCAAACCCGUGGAAAUAGAUAUACAAGCUGGGGAUGUCUCUAACAUGAGGCACAAAUUUGAAAAUCAGUCCUUAGAUUCUAUAAGUUCUAGUUCAGAAGAAGUUUUGAAAAAAAUCAAAACCCUAAAAACUGAAGAUAUUCAGAAAGGUGAAGUUUUAAAGUGUAGGUGGCUUUUUGAAAACCAACCAAUUGAUAUGAUUAAAGAAAGUCAAGAAGGUGAUGAAUUAGUUAAGACAGUGACAGACAUACAAGGUGGGGAUGUAAGGAAAAGGUGCUUUAUUUUUGAGACUUUUUCUUUAGAUAAGAUUAAAGAAGAAUCAGACUAUAUUGACACAAAGAAAACAGUUGCUGAAGAAAUAAUAAAGGGUGAUGUAAAAAGCUAUAGAAUGCUCUUUGAAACACAGCCACUCUAUGCAAUUCAAGACCGAGAAGGUUACUAUCAUGAAGUGACAACAGUCAAAAAGGAAGAGGUAAUUCAUGGAGAUGUACGAGGAACAAGGUGGCUUUUUGAAACAAAACCAUUAGAUUCAAUUAAUGAAUCAGAAACUGUGUAUGUUAUCAAAUCUGUCACACAAGAAGAUAUUCAGAAGGGAGAUGUUAGCUCUGUCAGAUACAGAUUUGAAACUCAGCCACUUGAUCAGAUUUCAGAAGAAUCCCAUAAGAUUGUGCCCACUGUUGACUAUAUUCAAGGUGGCAAUGUGCAAACGAGUAAACAACUCUUUGAGUCUGAAAAUUUGAAUAAGAAUAAUUAUAUAAGAACAGUAAGUGUCAAUGAAAUACAAAAAGGCAAUGUUAAAACAUCUACCUGGCUAUUUGAAACCCAUACUAUAGAUGAGUUGAGAGGUGAAGAGUCUGAAUAUGAAAAUAUCAAGACUGUCACCCAGGAAGAUGUGCAGAAAGGUGAUGUUAAGCAUGCAGUUUGGCUUUUUGAAAAUCAGACUUUAGAUUCUAUUAAGGAAGUCGAUGAAAGCAUCAUACAAAUGACCAAGGAGGAAAUUCCUCCUUCUGAUGUUAAGACAACUACAUGGCUUUUUGAAACAACACCCCUUCAUAAAUUUAAUAAAAACAGAGUAGAGAAGGUAGAAAUUAUUGGCAAAAGCAUUAAAGAAACCUUAGAUGAUCUCUACUCUCAAAAAGUUAUUGAAGCUCCUGGCAUCAUCAUUGAAGCUAAUGAAGUUGGGGAUGUUCGAAUGGCAAAAUACAUGCUAAUGAACCAAGCAUCUCCCCAGAUACAGAAAGAAGAAGUUAUCAGGGCUGAUCUUAGAAAUAUAAUGGUGAACCUCCUUUCCAAAAGAGACUGUACAGAAAGAAAUAUUUCAGUUGGUGAAGAUGAGAAGGGAAAUGUUAAUUUGACUAAAACUCAACUAUUAAACAGAUCAACUGAAUUUCAUGCUGAAAAAGAAGAGAUUGUAAGAGGCGAUGUACAACAAGCAAUAAAAAACCUGUUCUCUGAGAAAAGAUCUGCAAAGAAAGGCAUUUUAAUUCAAGAAGAUGAAAAAGGAGAUAUUAACAUGACUAUCUAUUGUCUUCUCCAUGAAAAUGCUAGUGACACAAUUGAACGUGAAGAAGUAAUAGGGGGUGAUGUGAAACGUACCAUUCAUAAUUUGUUGUCUUCAACAUCAAACAAUAAAAUAUGUGAAAAAGCUAAAAUUGAUGCCUCUGAAAGGGGAAAUGUUCAGUUUUUCACAACUUGCAUAGAAACUGGAGCUUUGGAUUAUCUCAAACAACUACAGAUGGGGUCAAAUGAAACACUAACAGCUAGAAAACAAGAACAGGAAGAAAUAAUUGGUGGGGAUGUUGAGGGCACAAAACUGUUACUAAAGAAAAGGCAGUCUCAGGUUGAACGUACUGUUAAUGAAGCUGACAUCAUCCCAGGAAACGUACAUAAUACAGUUAAGGUUUUUAUGACAGAGCCUCAGAGUACAUCUUGUAAGAUUCACAAAGAAGAAAUGAUAAAAGGUGACUUGAAAUCAACCCUAAAUUCCCUUAGCCAGGCCAUAAGUCAGAAAACAUUGGCAAAAACAGAAGAAACUAUAAAAGGAGAGAUGCUAGCCACCCUCAAGUCACUUAAGGAAUCAAGUCAUCAAUGGAAAGAAUCUAAAAAGCCUGAUGCCAUCCCUGGUGAUAUUGAGCAAGCUAUUGAAUGCCUUGAAAAGGCUGCAAAUACACGGACAGAAAUCCUGAAAAAAGAGCUUAUUCGAGAAGACCUUGAAACAUCAUUAAGGUCUUUGAAGGAAGCACAGAAAGGCUUCAAAGACGUAGAUAAAAAAGAAGGUGUAAUCAAACAAGAUGUUCAAGCCAUGAUGGUAGGUUCCUUGGGCAAACAGAAAACAGACAUUUGUCAGGUGGCUGUCCAGAAGAACAAAAAACACACUUUUCAGCCAAGACCAGGACCAUUUGAGCCAACAGCCAGGUGGCAGGGGGAAACAGACACUCUUGAUCAAACUACAGGCAAAUUUCACCAUGGAAAUUUAAUAAAUGAAAGAACUGAGGUUAAUCUUCCUAAAGGCCCCAAAGGUGCGGUAAAGAUUGUCAUAGAUCGUGAACAAAACAACCAUGCUCUGGAGAAAAGCUUCAGAAGAAUGUCUAAUUCACAUCACAAAACUAUUAAACAUGUAUUAGAAUCAGAGGACAGGAUGAGUGUUUAUAGUGAUACCUCAAGAGAACAGCAUCUUCAAGAUGACCAUAUGAGUAGACAGUUACCUUCAAUUAUGUCAGUUAAUGAAAAUCUAAAAACUGAAGAAUCAGAGAGAGUGAGAGACCAGAGGAACGAUGAUGUCUUUAACUCCACCCAAUCUGGUAGUAAAACAGUUAUAAAACAACAGAGUCAAACCUCCAAACUGAAGAAUGGUCACCAGAACACUGAACCUUUCCCUGUAAUGAGUCAGAAAAAGAGCAGAUCAACAAAUACACAAAGCUCCGAGCCCAGUUUCACCCAGUGUCCAGUCAACAUGCCAGUUGGAGAAACUUACAAAGUUACAGAGGACUUUCUGAAGCAAACUUUGUUAAAACAAGAAACACAGUAUUCUAAUAAGGAAAUGAAGAAAAAUAACAUGAACUUUCAACCUCCAUCUGUAGAUCAAGACAUAUCCAAUGUAACAGAAGUGAAAGUCUCUGAAAAAAGUCACAAUAAAUUCAAGGCAACUGACAAAAAGCAGAAGACUGAUGUUUAUCUGAAAAGCCAGGACUUUCUAAUGAAGACAAAUACUUCCACAGACUUAAAAAUGGCAAUGGAAAAGUCUUCUAAUCCAAUCUAUGUUAACCCUGAGAAUAAUGUAAAAGAAAGUGAGUUUCCCCUUCCACCUCCAUCUCCACCUCCUCCACCACCUUCUAAUGCAUCGUCUGAAAUUGAAUUUCCUCUUCCUCCUCCACCUCUUUUAAUGAUGAUGCCUGAAAAAAACGGAUUUUCUCCCGCACUGUCAUCAGAAAAGAUAAAGACUGAACUUCAAAGCUUCCCAAGCCUUCCUCUUCCUCCACCACCAGUAGAUGAGAAAUCUGAAAGAGACUGUCUAUCAAUGAUUCUACCACCUCCCCUUCCUCCAACUCCAUCUGAAAAUUCAGCACAUCUCCUUUCCUCCUCUACUCAAGAAAAGCACAGUGAAGCAUUUAUACAACAAUAUUCCCAGAAAGAAGCCUUAAGUUCUCAGCAAACUAAUUCUCAGGCUAAAAUUGUAACAGGAAAAUCAGGAGUACGUUUGCCACCUCCCACACUCCCUAAACCCAAAUUUCCCAAGCAAAUAGAAGAUAAAAUGAGCCAUCUUUCCCCGAACGUUGAAUUGGAAAAUUCCCUGUCAGAUAUGGAAUGUAAAAUUACUCCUUCAAAAGAGAAUAAAAGGAUUAUGAUGGUGACUAGCAGUGAACACACAGAGACAGAGCAGAACAUAAUCAGAAAAAGCCUUGAUGAAAGAAAACAAUUAUCUAUUGACUCUGCAAAGUCUCUCUUGCACACAAUUCCAGAAACUUCAGCACCCAAGAAAAAACAGACAGUACCUCUCAUAAAAUCUCACUCAUUUCCAGUGAGUUCAGAACCACAAAGUCCAAAACCUUAUAUGAGAAAAUUUAAGACACCUUUAAUGAUUGCUGAAGAAAAAUAUAGACAACAAAGAGAAGAGCUUGAAAAACAGAAACAGGAGAGUUCUUGCUAUAAUAUAGUCAAAACAGAAGGCCCAAGUCAAAACACAACAGAGUUAGAGAAGGAAAUGCAAUUGCAAAAGACAAGUGAGUUGGUUCUCCUACCUGGAAUGAAUUCAGAGCUCUCUGUGGCCCAAACCAAACCAGAUUCUCAAAAUGAUGCUCAAGCACUAGAUGUGUGCACUGAUAACCAGCUCUCCACAUCAGCAGUGACAGUGGCUGCCAAGAGGCUCAAACAUGUUCUACAUACCUCUGAAGAUCAAAAUAACAUGAAAAAGGAAGUUUUACAGAGUUCAAGUGAUAUCAUACAACCUAAGUCAGCUUUUGAAAUUAAACAGAAUCACCAAGAAUGUACACAAAAAACACACCAGAAGUAUCUAGAACAGUUGCACUUGCCCGAGAGCAAAUCAGUUUCUUCAAGUUUUAAAGUUAAAACCAUCAAGCUUCCAACCCUAGAACAUACAUUAAGUGAAACAGACCACAGCUACAAAAGCCACAUAAAGCAAUCUGAAGUUGAUAUUCAAACCAUUACCAAACAACAGUGUCAAGAAACUGAGAAAACUGAAGCAAACAUCAAAUAUAGUAAUAAGCAACCUGUCACUGAAAAAUAUUAUCAAAUACCUAAGAAGGAGAGAAGAGUGACAAUAAAAACACCUACAGAAUUAACAGAGAAGAGCCAUCAAGGUAAGCUCAAGAUAGUUCCUGAGAAACAAAGAGAAUUUAGGAAAUCUGAGAGAGAAAUAUUUCUAGGAAGUGAAGAAAAAAAACAGGAAUUAUCAAUGAUUGGUCUAAAAGAAGAGGGAUUAACAGUUGAAAGAAAACAGGAACAUUUGAAAAGUAAGUCAACCCCAAAGGUAGUCGAGCAAAAGGUAAUUGAUACACAUCUUGAUUCACAGACUCAGAAUUUUCAUCAAACACAAAUACAGACUUCUGAAAGUAAAGCUGAACAUAAAAAACUGUCCCAGCUGUAUAAUAGUCUGCAAGAAGAAAAAUGUCUUGGAGCCAAGGGCACACAACAGAAACAAGUCUUCUCUAAUACCAAAGAUUCAAAGCAAGAGAUUACACAGAACAAAUCUUUACUUUCCUCUGCGAAAGGAUCCCAGCAGGAUGAUGGAAAAUGUGCUGUAAAUAUAUUGGAAUUCUUGAGAAAACGUGAAGAACUACAACAGAUUUUGUCUAGAAUAAAACAGUUUGAAUCAGAACCAAAUAAAAAUGGCCUUAAAACAUUUCAAACACUGUUAAAUAUCACUCCAGUAUGGCUGAUAAGUGAAGAAAGAAGAGAAUAUGGAGUUCGCAUUGCCAUGGAGAAUAAUUUAGAAAAAGUCAAAGAAGAAAUAACACAUAUUAAAAUUCAAGCAGAGGAAAUGCUUGUGUCCUGUGAAAAUAUAAUUCAAACAGCCAUGAUAUCCUCCCAAACAGGAAAGCAAGGAAAUAAGUCUACUAACCUUAAUGAAAUAUCAUCAAAAGUAUCUAAUGUUAAUAUCAGCUCUAAUAAAAAUACUGAGCAGAAAGAAGAUAAAAUUGCAGAAGAAAAAACAGUGCACCACCAAGUAGCAACUCAUCAUGAAACAACUGCUGUUAAUCAUGCAAAAAUUCAUCAAGAAAUUAAACUAGAUAGUAGCAAAAUUUCUUCUCCCUCUUUAAAGACACGCCCUCCAUCACCUACUUUUAUAACAAUUGAGUCUACUGCCCGGCGAUCAGAAACAUCUAGUAAGGAUGAGCCUUCUCAGUCCGCUACAAAGGACAGUUGGAUUGAAACCCCACCAAGAAGGCCCAUUUCACAGACAUCUAGAAUUCACAGAACAAACACCUCCCCUUCUCCACCUAGGAGUCGCUCUGAACAACUUGUCAAACUCAAAGACACUACUGCAAAGUUAUCCAAAGGGACUAUUCCAUGUCCAUCAGUAACCCCUGUUUCAGUUGUAGAAAAAAGGUCUGAAAUCAUCAUGUCUCCUGCAACACUUCGUCGUCAGAUUAAGAUAGAGACCCGUGGAAGGAACUCUCCACCUACAAUUACAAUACCAGUAAACGUAAAUCAUGUUGCUACUGGUUCCUUCAGAGAAUCUAUGGAAGCUCAAGAGGAAGUUAGGAAAGUAGAGAAAACAGCAACUUAUGUUCACAAAGAUGGAGUGAACUCCACUAACUGCAUAGUGCCUGAUACUGAAAGUUAUGAUGCAGUUGAAAUCACCCGCAAGGUUGCAGUGCCCUGCUUGUCAGAGCACAUGCAGAGAUAUGAAGCAGCCAACCGAACUGUUCAAAUGGCUAAAAAUUUCAUGAACGAUGGUGAAAAUGAAAUAAACAGAUGGUUCAGAGAAUUUGAGGAUGGUCCAUUUUUUGAUGCAAAGUCAAAUAGAAGAGUUUAUGCAAAUGGGGAAGGAACCCAUAAUAUCCAACAAGAAAGUCAUACAUUUUGUAAGGAGGAAUUUGGAUUAACAACUUUAGGAAACACUGGUUUUACAGGCUUUUCUCACAAACAUCCUGGAGCAAUGCAAGAAAAAAUUCCUGUUAAACAGCCUAGAGUACACUCUGAAACACGAUCUCUAAGUGAACAUUUCUCAGGUAUGGAUGAAUUUGAGAGUCGAAUUGUUGGACCAAAGAUGACAACUUCUUCAUCACAUAGCUCAGAGGCCAGCAAAUCUGGCUUUGACUUCAAGCAUGCGCCCCCAACCUAUGAAGAUGUCAUUGCUGGCCAUAUUUUAGAUAUCUCUGAUUCACCUAAUGAGCUCAGGAGGAAUUUUCAAAAGACAUGGCAAGAGAGUGAACGAGUUUUUAAAAGUCUGGGAUAUGCAACUUCAGGUGCUUCUGCAACUGAGAUGAAUACUACCUUCCAAGAGGAAUCUGCAUUCAUAAGUGACAAGGAAAUAUGUAUACUUUGUCAAAAGACAGUUUAUCCAAUGGAGUGCCUAGUAGCAGACAAGCAGAGUUUUCAUAAAUCCUGUUUUCGAUGUCACCAUUGCAAGAGUAAACUGAGUUUGGGAAACUAUGCAUCACGUCAUGGACAAAUAUACUGUAAACCUCACUUUAAACAACUUUUCAAAUCUAAAGGAAAUUACGAUGAAGGCUUUGGACACAAACAGCAUAAAGAUCGAUGGAACUGCAAAAAUCAAAGCAGCUCAGGGGAUUUUAUUACUGAAGAACCAAAUAUGUGUAAAAAUACUGCAGCAAACACCCUCAUACCUGGAGAUCGUAAUAAACAUUUAAAUGCUGGUAACAGUAAAGGGCAGAGGGAUGAUUUACGGAGAUUAGGGGAAAGGGGAAAAUUAAAAAUCAUUUGGCCUCCUUCCAAGGAGAUCCCUAAGAAAACCUUCCCCCUUGAGGAAAAUCUCAAAAUGAAUAAACCUAAAUGGCCACCUGAGAUGACAACUGCUGCAUCCGCUGAGUUAAAAAGCGAACCACUUCUUGAACAUAUUAGAACCCUGGAAAAUAAAGGACAAGAACAAGAAAACCUUUAUUCCCUGCAGCCACAUCCACAGUCCACCCACGUGUGUCAGAAAGCGGAUGUUUUGGGACUCAAAGAAAUGAAAAUGUAUGAAACAAGAAAAGAAGACAAAAAGGAAGGAAAUAAGAAUGUUCAAGAUAAGAACGAGAGUGAAGAUACAAAGAAUAAGAGGAAAAGUGAAAUGGAUCUUAAUGACAGCAGUAAUGUGGUUGUACAGAGUGUGGAAAAGGAGAAAAAUGAAAAAAUGAAUGGACUUGAUGGUGCAGAAGUCUUACAGGUUACUAACAGGGAUGAUGAGAUACUGCCAGAAACUCAUAAAGAAAACCUAAAUAAGAAUAAUAAUAACAAUUAUGUAUCAGUCUCCUAUCUGAAUAACUGUAGGCAGAAGACAUCUAUUUUAGCAUUUCCUAACCUAUUACCACUGUCAAGAGAGGCAAACUACACUGCAAGUGAAUAUCACAUUGAAAAGUUAGAAAGCGCAACUAGAAUCUCAGAGUUACUUGGUGUAUUUGAGUCUGAAAAGACUUAUUCAAGGAAUGUGGUAGCUAUGGCUUUUGAGAAACAGACUGACAGAAUGGCUGCUGGCAGUCGUAUGCAGUCUGCUCCCAAACCAGGCCUUCAUCAGGACUCAAUACGAAAGGGGGAAAAUUCGGUAGUCUCUUCUGAUAGGAAUAUCUUAAACAUUAAAGGAAACCAUUCUAAUAACAAAAAUUUACACUUUUUCUUUUCUAACACUGUGAAGAUUACUGCUUUUUCCAAGAAAAAUGACAUCUUUGAGUGUGAUUUACUAGAUUCUGUAGAUCAAAUUAAAAAUAUGCCAUGUUUGUGUUUAAGAAAAUUUGGAAAGCGCAUCAAACAUGGGCAUGGUGAAGUAACAGAAGCAGCCCACAGUAGUGGAAACACAAAUUUUGAUGGCCUAAGCCAUGAAUGUGCAGCUAAGCUUUCAUCUCCUAGAGUGGAGGUCCAAACAGAACAACUUACAGUGGAAGAACAGAUCAAAAGGAAUAGGUGCUACAGUGACACUGAGUAA